UUUACCAGCUCUUAGGUUUCAGCGGCCCCCUCUGGCGCGGUUGGGGUGCGAGCCUUUGCUCUUUUGCAGUUUGUGGUUGCAGUUUGAUUGGAAGGUGAGUUCAUCGUACGGUGUGAGGGAAGCGGGGUUGGCCGUGGCCUUCACUGAAGCAUUUGCUCUCUUUCCUGCCUGUCACUGGAGGAGUGAAACAGACCCGUGCUAUUUGCUUUAAGAAGUUUGGAAUCUCAGGCUGUGAUUUUGUAAAAAUGAUUUCUGUGUUGGUAGAUCAAAUAGGAAACCUUAAGAUCUUGUAGAGAUUUGGAUUUGGCUUCAUUCAUUUUGCAUACAUUGGCAGGAUUAUUUCUGUUUCCCUCAGAAUGGGCAGUGGCUGGUGCAGCACGCUGGCCAUGGCCCUGGGAGUGGUAACAGAGCACACUGAACAGUUGGAGCACUAGUGCAUUUAGUGCCUCUCAAACUCCAUUUCUUUGGUUCUGUGGGUCUUUUGUGGAAUACUGUCUUUAAAUUUUACUCUGGCUCCCACCUUGUACCCUCCAACCCCAAUAGAACGAAAUUCACUGUGAUUAUGUGCCUUUGGCUAAAUUGUCUGAAGCCAGAUAUCGGCCAUCUGAGCUAAUACAGUUUCACAGUCAAAGAGUAUUACGGUGUUGGUCAUAACGAUUUACCAAGGGAUUCCUAAGUGUCCCUUUUAUUUGAUCCUCAUUAUGUUGCAGGAAGGGGGACCCCUUCCAGGGCCCGGGACUGAGCUCUUGUCUAACACUCGGAAAUGAACUGUCCGAGGAGACACAUGUGCUGACAAAGCAAGAGACUUUAUUGGGAAGGGGUACCUGGGCGGAGAGCAGCAGGGUAAGGGAGCCCAGGAAGACUGCUCUGCCACGUGGCUCGCAGUCUCGGGGUUUAUGGUGAUGGGGUGAGUUUCCGGGUUGUCUCUGACCAAUCAUUCUGACUGAGGGUCCUUUCUGGUGGCACGUGCAAGCACUCAGCCAAGAUGGAUUCCAGCGAGGAGGAUUCUGGGAGGUUGGUAGGACAUGUGGACUGGCGUCUCUUCUCUCUCCUUUUGACCUUUCCCCUAUUCUUCUGGUUGGUGGUAGCUUGUUAGUUCCCUGUUCCUUACCAGGAUCUCCUGUGGUAAAAUAACUUAUGCACAUUGUUACUGUCUUUGCCUGGCCAGGGCCGGGCAGUUUCAGUCAGUGUUUUCCCCUAACCAUUACAGCCGGGGAGGUGGGACUACUGGCAUUAUGCCCAAUUAACAGAUGAGAAAACUGAGAAAACUAUGCUCUGUUGGCAGAGGCAGAAUUUGAACCCAGGUGGUUGGUCCUGCAGCCAGUCUCACCCACUGCAUGUGCUCCAGGGAUUCUUUAAGAGCUUUUCUACCCUCAAACUCUGGUAUCUAAAUCAAUGAAAUCUUUCCACGUACCUUGCCAUUUUCUUUGUUUUUACCAAAAAGCAUAUGAUUUCAUGCCCUUCUUUCUUCCAGGAAACCUGUUGUUCAGAAUUUAGGUGGUGCCACAUUUUCUCCAGAAAAAUUAAUUCCAAAAUAGAGUGUAAGAUUGGAGCUUGAGGUUACAAACUCCUAGCUGCUUGUCCUCUGAGGUCUUUUCUUCUUUGGAAACUAAAGUGCAGUUUGCAUUUUGAUGUUUGUUUGUUUUUCCCUUGGAAACACAGGAUUAAUGAAGUCAGCUUGUUUUCUCUCUGAUGGAACUUGUCACCUGAUGCACACUGGUCUGAGGGCCAGAAUCCUUAAAUAGAAGGUGUGAUGUUAGGGUCUCUGUGAAAAUGUUUCUUGGGCUUCCCUGGUGGCGCAGUGGUUGAGAGUCCGCCUGCCGAUGCAGGGGACACGGGUUUGUGCCCCGGUCCGGGAGGAUCCCACAUGCCACCGAGCGGCUGGGCCCGUGAGCCAUGGCCGCUGAGCCUGCAUGUCCGGAGCCUGUGCUCCGCAGCGGGAGAGGCCACAACAGUGAGAGGCCCGCGUACCGCCAAAAAAAAAAAAAAAAAAAAAAAAAAAAGUUUCUUGUGGCACCCCCCCAAAUUGGUCUAUUUUUAACUUUCAGUUUUUUGAUCAUCUCAUUUCCCACUCCUCCCCCAAAGAAAAGCAGUGUCCAAAGUGUUUGGAAGUUAAUCUGAGGCUGCUGUGCCAAUGAGUAACAGACUGUCAAAGGAGGGCGGAGGAAGAGCUUCCUAGUAUAGACGUACCGAGACCCACCGCGAUAACAAGCCUUUUAUUCUGAUUUCCUUCCUGGGAGUGAAGGGAGUUUGAAAGGCAGAGGCAAGGACCUUCCAGAGUAGAGUUCAGGUUUUUCUUGUGAGGAUUUACCAGUGCUCACCGCUGGGUGAUUGGGAUGUCUGAGAGAUGAAUCCCCUUCCAGCUAGUGACUCGGUCCGUAUUCGCUGUUCAACAAAGACACCUGGGCUUGGAAGGGCCCUGUGAUCCUCUGGCUUCAGAAUGGGCAAUGCUAUUGAAAAACAGAAGCCCCUGAAACGAAGCCAUCUGUGCCCCUGGAAACAAGACUCUCAGCGUUCUCAUCUCUCCUCCUUCACCAUGAAGCUGAUGGACAAAUUCCACUCACCCAAAAUCAAGAGAACGCCAUCAAAGAAGGGAAAACCAGCUGAGGUGUCUGUGAAGAUUCCAGAGAAGCCUGUGAACAAAGAGGCAACAGACAGAUUUCUACCAGAGGGCUACCCUAUCCCCUUGGAUCUGGAGCAGCAGGCAGUAGAAUUUAUGUCCACCAGUGCUGUGGCUUCCAGGUCUCAAAGGCAGAAGAACCUGAGCUGGCUGGAAGAGAAAGAGAAGGAGGUUGUCAGUGCCUUGCGCUACUUUAAGACCAUUGUGGACAAAAUGGCUAUUGAUAAGAAGGUACUGGAGAUGCUUCCAGGGUCUGCCAGCAAGGUGCUGGAGGCCAUCUUACCCCUGGUGCAGAGCGACCCUCGAAUUCAGCACAGCUCAGCCCUCUCCUCCUGCUAUAGCCGAGUGUACCAAAGUCUCGCCAACCUCAUUCGUUGGUCUGACCAAGUGAUGCUAGAAGGUGUGAACUCAGAAGAUAAAGAGAUGGUGACAACUGUGAAGGGGGUCAUCAAAGCCGUGCUGGACGGAGUGAAGGAGCUUGUCAGACUUACCAUCGAGAAGCAGGGGCAUCCGUCUCCAACAAGCCCAGUGAAACCCAGUUCCCCAGCCUGCAAACCAGACGGCCAGUCUGAGCUCCCCUUGACAGAUCGAGAGAUGGAGAUUCUAAACAAGACGACCGGCCUGUCGCAGUCGUCCGAGGGGCUCCCAGAUUCCACGGAUGAAGAGGUCGCGCCCCCCAAACCCCCCUUACCUGGCAUUCGUGUGGUUGAUAAUAGUCCUCCACCAGCAUUGCCACCGAAGAAGAGACAGUCGGCUCCAUCCCCUACCCGAGUGGCCGUCGUGGCCCCCAUGAGUCGAGCCACCAGUGGCUCCAGUUUGCCUGUUGGAAUUAAUAGGCAGGAUUUUGACGUGGACUGUUACGCACAGAGACGACUGUCGGGCGGCAGCCACUCAUAUGGCGGCGAGUCGCCCCGCCUGUCCCCCUGCAGCAGCAUAGGCAAGCUCAGCAAGUCGGACGAGCAGCUGUCGUCUCUGGACAGGGACAGCGGGCGGUGCUCCCGGAACACAAGCUGUGAGACUCUAGAUCAUUACGACCCUGACUACGAAUUCCUCCAGCAAGACCUCUCUAACGCAGACCAGAUACCUCAGCAAGUGGCCUGUAACCUCAGCCCGUUGCCAGAGUCCUUGGGGGAGUCUGGGUCUCCGUUUCUCGGCCAUCCUUUCCAGUUGCCUCAGGGCAGCUGUCCCCAGCCAGAGGGGCCCUCGGCCCCAGGGCAGCAGAUGGAUGUGCCGCCUGCUCUUCCCGAGAAGAAGCGCAGGAGCGCGGCCUCCCAGACGGGGGACAGCUCUGGCUGCAGGGCGUCCUACGAGCGGCAUCCCUCGCAGUACGACAACAUCUCCGAGGAGGACCUGCAGAACCCAGCCUCGGUCCAGUCCGUCCCCUUCACGCCCUUUGCUGCUAUUCUUCCCUUUCAGCAAGGAGGUUCCUCAGCCUCUGUUGAAUUUGUGGGUGAUUUCACUGUUCCUGAAUCAACGGGUGACCCAGAAAAACCUCCUCCUCUACCAGAGAAGAAAAACAAACACAUGCUGGCCUACAUGCAGCUGCUCGAGGACUACUCGGAGCCGCAGCCCGCCAUGUUCUACCGGACGCCGCAGAAGGAGCACAUCUACCAGCAGAAGAACAAGCUCCUCAUGGAGGUGUAUGGCUUCAGCGACUCUUUCAGCGCCGGGGAUGCCCCGCAGGAGCUCGCCCCGCCCCCCGCCCUGCCCCCCAAGCAGCGGCAGCUGCAGGCCUCCUAUGCUGCUUCUUCCUUCUCCUCUGUCUCCUACUGUGUCCAGCAAACUAAAGUGGCCUUCACUCCCGAGGACGGCAGUGCCACUCAGGGCAUCAGUGUGUCCGUCUCUAACUCCUUUCUCAGCCGGCACGGCAACUUACCUGUGCCCUCGUAUAAAUCUGUGUUUAGGUCCUACUCCCAGGAUUUCGUGCCUCACAGCCAAGCUUCCAUCCAGCCUUUCCUCCCGUCUACCUCCUCUUCCUCUCCACAUUUCCCACCUGUCCACCAGUCUCAGAGCUCUGACUUAGCGGUGCCAACCGUAGCCAGUCCGCCUCCCAGCACCCUGGACGGGCCUCUUUCAUCUUCUCAGGAGAGCAGCUUUCAUGGGAACACUGUCUGCCUUCCUUCCGAAACCUCUUUCACUGACUCGCCCCAGACGCCUUCGGAAUCACCAGCUUCGAAGGACGGACAUCCCAGAGAUGCCUCGUCAGCCGGCAGUGCACCUGGGAAGGAAAGCAGGGACGGCGGGGACAGGGCCCCAAAGUCACCAGAUGCUCCAGAGGCUCAGUCGGAGGAGGAAGUGGACGAGCUGUCCCUCAUUGACCACAAUGAGAUUAUGGCAAGGCUGACGCUCAAGCAAGAGGGCGACGACGGACCAGACGUCCGGGGAGGAUCUGGUGACAUCCUACUGGUCCACGCUACUGAGACGGACAGGAAAGAUCUGGUGUUGUACUGCGAGGCCUUCUUGACCACCUACAGGACCUUCAUCACCCCUGAGGAGCUCAUCAAGAAGCUGCAGUACAGGUACGAGAAGUUCUCUCCUUUUGCCGACACAUUCAAGAAGCGCGUCAGCAAGAACACGUUCUUCGUGCUGGUACGGGUGGUGGACGAGCUCUGCCUAGUGGAGUUGACGGAAGAGAUCUUGAAGCUGCUGAUGGAGCUGGUCUUUCGCCUGGUGUGCAACGGGGAGCUCAGUCUGGCCCGUGUGCUCCGGAAGAACAUCCUGGACAAGGUGGACCAGAAGAAGCUGCUCAGGUGUGCCAACUCCGACCAGCCCCUGGCGGCCAGGGGCGUAGCAGCCAGGCCCGGGACCUUGCAUGACUUUCACAGCCAUGAGAUAGCUGAGCAGCUGACACUGCUGGAUGCCGAGCUCUUUUAUAAGAUAGAGAUUCCUGAGGUUUUGCUUUGGGCAAAAGAGCAGAACGAGGAGAAGAGCCCCAACUUGACCCAGUUCACGGAGCACUUCAACAACAUGUCCUACUGGGUUCGGUCAAUCAUCAUGUUACAGGAAAAGGCCCAAGACAGGGAACGGCUGCUCUUGAAGUUCAUCAAGAUCAUGAAGCACUUACGGAAGCUGAACAACUUCAACUCCUACCUGGCCAUCCUCUCAGCGCUGGACUCAGCCCCUAUCCGCAGGCUGGAGUGGCAGAAGCAGACCUCAGAGGGCCUGGCGGAGUACUGCACGCUGAUUGACAGCUCAUCCUCCUUCCGCGCCUACCGGGCCGCCCUCUCGGAGGUGGAGCCGCCGUGCAUCCCAUACCUGGGGCUCAUCCUGCAGGACCUCACCUUCGUUCACCUAGGAAACCCAGACUACAUUGACGGGAAGGUGAAUUUUUCCAAACGGUGGCAACAGUUCAACAUCCUGGACAGCAUGCGGUGCUUCCAGCAGGCGCAUUAUGACAUCCGGAGAAACGAUGACAUCAUAAACUUCUUCAACGACUUCAGUGACCACCUGGCGGAGGAGGCGCUAUGGGAACUCUCUCUGAAAAUCAAACCCAGGAACAUAACACGGAGGAAAACAGACCGGGAAGAGAAGACCUAGGAGCGGGUGCCGCAAGCGAGGAGAACGCGAGGCUCGGAGCGCCGCUCCGAGGCCGGAAGGGACUUUGGACCUGUUACGUGGCGGCGGCGCGUGUCCUGGCCUCAGAGCCACCGGGCCCAUCCAGGCCGCUGCUGUGCCGGGCAGGCGUCCGGAGCCGCAGCAGCUUCCUGCCCCUCCCCCGCAGGAGCAGACCCCCGGCCCGGGGCGGGGGGGGGGGGGGCCAGCGGGCGGUCUCACUGCUGAUUUGUGAACUGGGGGUUGGGGUUUCUGCUUUUGCUCUGUCUUCUGCUCUCCCUCUCUCCCCCUCCCCCCAAGCCUGGGAGCAGCACAGGGACUUCAGCAGCAGCCCGGGAAUGGUGGGAGUCUUCUGAAUCUCCUGAAAUGACAGAUGAGUAGAGGCCCAAGGACCCUCGGGGCGGGGGCUGC